UUCGGCCAGGGUGACGGGGUGCCAUCCUGGGGGUCUGCAGCUUCUCCCUGGGGCACCCACAGCAAGGUAGGAGCUGGGGUGCCCCGGCCCGGUGUUGGGGAGAGGCCGGCGCGGAGCAGGCGCCCUGGAGCAGGGUCUCGGGGGUCGCUGGAGCAGUCACGUGUUCCCGAGGCACCUCUAAAACCCCCGCGGCUCCCCACUCCCUCCUCCCCACUGCCACCUCCAGGUCUCCUCCUGCAGCCACCGCCGCCCGCGCGUAGGAGCGACCGCGCUCGGCCACGUUCCCGGGAGCCCAGGCGCAGGCAGCGGCCAGGGCACCCCGAGGCUUAUACUAUGGAUUUAGAGCUCACGGAUUAUUAUAACCAGACACUUGCUACAGAGAACAGCACCGCUGCCCCUCGGAAUUCCGAUUUCCCCGCCUGGGAUGACUAUAAAAGCAGUGUAGACGACUUGCAGUAUUUUCUGAUUGGACUCUAUACAUUUGUAAGUCUUCUUGGUUUUAUGGGGAAUCUGCUUAUUUUAAUGGCUCUCAUGAGAAAGCGUAAUCAGAAUACCACAGUAAACUUCCUGAUCGGAAAUUUGGCCUUCUCCGAUAUCUUGGUUGUGCUGUUUUGCUCACCUUUCACCCUGACCUCUGUUUUGCUGGAUCAGUGGAUGUUUGGCAGAGUCAUGUGUCACGUGAUGCCUUUCCUUCAAUGUGUGUCAGUCCUGGUUUCAACUUUAAUUUUAAUAUCAAUUGCCAUUGUCCGGUAUCAUAUGAUUAAGCAUCCAAUCUCUAAUAACCUAACAGCGAACCAUGGCUACUUCCUGAUAGCUACUGUGUGGACAUUAGGUUUUGCGAUCUGUUCUCCACUUCCGGUGUUUCACAGUCUUGUGGAACUUCAGGAGACAUUUGGCUCAGCAUUGCUGAGCAGCAGGUUCUUAUGUGUUGAAUCAUGGCCAUCUGAUUCAUAUAGAAUUGCUUUUACUAUAUCUUUAUUGCUAGUUCAGUACAUUCUGCCCUUAGUUUGUCUAACUGUAAGUCAUACCAGUGUCUGCAGGAGUAUAAGCUGUGGAUUGUCCAACCAAGAAAACAAACUAGAAGAAAAUGAGAUGAUCAACUUAACUCUUCAUCCAUCCAAAAAGAGCGGGCCUCAGGUAAAACUCUCCAACGGCCAUAAAUGGAGCUAUUCGUUCAUCAGGAAACACAGGAGAAGAUACAGCAAGAAGUCAGCCUGUGUGUUACCUGCACCAGCAAGACCUCCUCAAGAGAAUCAUUCAAGAACACUUCCAGAAAACUUCGGUCCUGUGAAAAGUCAGCUCUUUUCUUCCAGUAAGUUCAUCCCAGGGGUCCCCACUUGCUUUGAGAUGAAACCUGAAGAAAAUUCAGAUGCUCAUGAAAUGAGAGUAAACCGUUCUAUCAUGAGAAUAAAAAAGAGAUCUCGGAGUGUUUUCUACAGACUGACGGUGUUGAUAUUAGUGUUUGCCCUGAGUUGGAUGCCGCUACACCUUUUCCAUGUGGUAACUGAUUUUAAUGAUAAUCUUAUUUCAAAUAGGCAUUUCAAGUUGGUGUACUGCAUUUGUCAUUUGUUAGGCAUGAUGUCCUGUUGUCUUAAUCCAAUCCUAUAUGGAUUUCUUAACAAUGGGAUCAAAGCUGAUUUAAUGUCCCUUAUAAACUGUCUUCGAAUGUCAUAAAUCUCACUGCUUGUUUACCAAGGAAAGAACCAAUGCUUGAGUUCACUUUUUAAGGAGUUAAAUUUGGUAGUCUACGAAGGCCUCUGUGCUGGUCUGAUAGUCACUUCAGGAAUGAGUUCUUUUCAUUUCUGAAAUAAACAAAUGUCAUAUUAAAGAAAAUAUCCACAAAUAGAUUUUUUUAAUUGACUAAGAUUGAAGAAAAAAAGAAUACUUGGAUCAUCAAAAAUAUAUUCAUGAUAAGUGUGUAUGUAUAACAAACAAAUUUUGUUAAUUUAUGGAAUUUGCAUUAUGUAUAAGGGUUGUAGAUUUGAAUGUCAGUUCAUCAUAUAUGAAAGAUAAUUUUAAUGUUAUAGUACAAUGAAUUCAUUUAGUUGUAUGAA